AUCGAUCACUUGCUAACUUUUCACGUCAGACGCUUAUUAGUUUUAGAACAAGAUCAACAUGUCUAAGCGCUCCAAUAUGGCUCAGAUGCUCAAUCGGGCGGUGCCGUUCAUGGCUGUCACCUUCAUGCAAAUUGGGUUCGCAGGGAUGUCCUUAAUUUCAAAGUUUGCUCUAAACCAUGGGAUGAGCCCGCAUGUCUUGGUAGUCUAUCGGCAUGCUGUGGCCACUGUUUUUAUAGCUCCUUUUGCCAUUAUCUUUGAUAGGAAUGUAAGGCCAAAGAUGACCUUAUCUAUUUUCACCAAGAUUGUGUUGCUUGGCCUAUUAGAGCCUGUAAUUGACCAGAACCUGUUCUAUACCGGGAUGAAGCUUACAACAGCAACUUUUACAUCUGCCAUGUGCAAUGUUCUUCCUGCUUUUGCUUUCAUAAUGGCUUGGAUUUUCAGGUUUGAGAAGAUUAAUUUGAGAAGCCUGCAUAGCCUGGCAAUGAUAUUGGGGACGAUAGUGACUGUGGGAGGAGCCAUGCUUAUGACUCUAAUUAAUGGACCCAUGUUGAAUUUUCCGUGGACAAGAAGAAAUAUCCAUCAAGAAUCUACAGUUUCCACAGUUCAUCAGGAUCCCAUAAAGGGAGGUAUCAUGCUUGCAGCUGGAUGUUUCUGCUGGUCUUGUUUCAUGAUUCUCCAAGCGAUUACUCUAAAAUCAUACCCUGCUGAGCUGUCCCUAACAACUUGGAUAUGCUUGGUGGGCACGGUUCAAGGAACUGCGGCGGCCCUAGCUUUCGAAUGGAAUAACCCUAUAGCUUGGUCCAUACACUUUGAUUAUAAGCUGUUAGCUGCUGUUUACAGUGGAAUAAUGUGUUCAGGGAUCGCUUAUUACAUUCAGGGAAUGGUAAUGAAGGAAAGAGGACCUGUUUUUGUGACUGCUUUUAGUCCUCUAAGCAUGAUUAUUACAGCCGUUAUGAGCUCCUUCAUAUUAGCUGAGAUCAUGUACUUGGGAAGAGUAAUUGGAGCAAUGGUCAUUGUGAUUGGCCUCUAUAUGGUUCUAUGGGGGAAAAGCAAGGAUCAACUUCCAUCCGAAUUAGAAAAAGAUGAUAAAAGGGAAUUGGCUACAAAUGUUUAACAAAAUCUACAUUAUUCAUAGAGAAGGCACUGAUUUCAGAUAUUUGUGGCUAUUGAUGUCACUAAUUAGAAGUUGAUAUAUUUAUCUGGAGGAGGAAGAGCAAAAUACUAUAAUAACUACUUGCAAUUUGAAUUUUCAAUCUGGAACAAAUUCCAUGCAAAGCCAAAAUUUAAUUAAGUAUAUCGUGAUGGAGAGCAUUCCUGUUAAAUCUUCCAGGCCAAGAUCAAUAUCAAGGUCAAGGUCAGAAUCACCCAGUCCGGCGCGGUCGGGUAGUGCCUGAUUCUCUGGCAAGUCAUCUUCACGGCUUCCUUGGUGUUAGAUGCAAGGAUUUAUUAUGUCCGACUUGUUGAAAAUAUCACUUUUAAGAACCUUAGUUGUCCUUAUUGUGGCCGGUGUGUGGUUUUUAUAUAUAAGGCCUAGUGAUUUUACAUUUAAGGUUGCGUAAUGUUGUCGAGAAUACUUGGGGGGUGCUUUUUGUGCUUGGUCUGUUUCAGGACAUCUUCCCUAAGGUUAUAUCGUCGGAUUUUCUGUUGCUUGGUUGUUU